UUGCCUCAAGUUUUUUCAACAAAUCUUUAACUUCUUCAAAUUAAUCACAUAAAAACCAUAAGACAUUGCAUGUUCAUCCUCAUGUGGAAGAAAAAAUAGUUUAAUAAAUAUAGAUGUUAUCUUCUUCAUUGAUGGUUCUCUUUAGAAAAUUUGUUUAAUUCAACAAUGGAUGGAUUCUUAAAUGCUGACUUUUUAAAUAAAACUUCAAAAGGUAGAAUUAGACACUAUAAUAUUUUUUAUUAUUUGGUUAAAGAAAAUUUCAACACAUGAGAUUUCUUGUAACAUGUCCCGUGACAAUAAGAUGAAAGGUCUCCUUAAAGGGUUGAAGUUCAUUACUCAGAUAUUUGAUAGCAAUGAAAAAGAACCAGAAAUUGAGAUUGGUGGUCCCACAGAUGUAAAGCAUGUGGCACAUAUUGGAUGGGAUGGUCCUACUGAAAAUGCUCCCAGCUGGAUGAAUGAGUAUAAUUCUGUUUCAGGACUUUCAUCAUCAGCACCUCUAAAUAUGAAUGGAGAUAGAGGAAAUGAUGAUUCUGACAAUUGGGUGUCCCCAGAAACAAUAAAAAGAGGUUCAAGGUCAAUGCAUCUUGACGAGAACGCGCAUGAGUUACCUUUACCUAAAUCAUCUAAGAAUCAAUCAAAUUCAACAAGAAACUUAAGAGAGUCACAUGCAAAAGAAAAAGCAGACAGACCAAGGCAACAAAAAAGGAAUUCAAAACGUUCAACAUCAAAUGAUACUUUAAAUGAAUCCAACCUCACAACAAGAGAACAACCUAUACCAAUGGAUACAGAUUCUCUCCAACUCCAAGAAACUACUGAUGAUAAUUUGCCACCUAAGAUCCAAUCAGACAAUCCUAAAAGGACUAAUUGCAAGAAAAUAAAAGAUGGUCAAGGUGUUAGUGGAUCGUCCAAAUCUAGAUUAAAAUCCCAACAUAAGGAGCACAAUUCUAAUGAAGACAUGCAUCCAAUAUCGUGUUCCAACUCUAAGGGCCAAAUUUCCAAUGAAGACGUGCAUUCAAGAGUAGGUUCUAAAUCUAGGGAACAUAAAUCUAAAGAAGGAUCGCAUUUGAGAUCUAAUUUAAAACCUAGAAACUCUAAUUUGAGUGAAGGACGCCCUUCUAGACCUGAUUCCAAACCUAAAACCAAGCAUAGACUCAAUGAAGAAGAUGGACAACUUGAGAGAGAAUCUAAUGAAGAUAUGUUGAGAAAUUGUCCAAAUUAGAUAAAUUUUUGUACUACUAAUUGGAAUGCUUACUUAUUCCAAAAAAAAAUGUAAUAUAUCUUAGUGUUCUUCCUAGUUAAAAUAUUACUAGUAAUGUACAAAUAUAUUUAUAGAACAGUUUGUAAAUGUUAUUAAUGUAUUAUACUACAGU